AUAUUACACAAAAUAAAAAAAACUAUAAUAGUUUUUUUUUUAAAAUAAUUAAUAAAAAAAAAAAAAAAAACAGUUUUCGAAAAAAGGUUUAUUUUUAUCAACGUAAUAAUAUCAAUCAAUCAACAAUCACAUAAAUUUUAAUAAUAUUAAAAAUUUUAUAACAAAGAUAUUUACUUUUUUUUUUAUAAAAAAAAUUCCAAUCGAAUAAAAUUUUAAAAUAAAAAUUUAAAAAUAGAAUAAAAUAUAUAAAUAAAAAAAAAAAAAUUAUCAUAAUUAUAAAUUAUAUAUAAAAAUAAAAAAUAAAAUAAAAAAAUGACAUUCACAUCAUUAUUAACAUUUAAAAAAAGAAAUAAUAGUAGUUUUAAUUUAAUGAAACAUUUUGGUAAUAAUGAAAAAAAAAAUAAUAAUCUUGUAAAUAGUACCAGUAAUCAUAAUAUUGUAAAUAGUUCAAAUAAUAAUGGGCCAACAUCGCAGCCACAGUAUGAAUUUUCAGAAGGGGAACGAUUGUUUUUUUCGGUUUGGAGAAAUCAAUAUAUAAACAAAUAUAUUUUUUAUCAUUUACAAAUAUUUAAUUAUUUAAAUCAAGAGGUCCAAAACAUCGAUCAGCUAUUAUGCUUUAGUCCAGAGUUAAGAAGUUAUUCGAAAUCUCUAAAGAUUGUGGGAAACGAAAAAUUAAAUAUUGGCGAUAUUCCAAAUUACAUAGAAAACAUCGAGUUUUCCGAUGAAUAUAACCAACCCAUCACUCCAUUAGCCAUACCAUCAUCUGUAACAUCUAUUGUCUUUGGAAGCUCUUUCAACAAUGAAAUUAAAGCAGGCCAAUUGCCAGAUUCUAUAAAGUCUAUUCAAUUUGGUUUUUCAUUCAAUUCUAUCAUCAAAGCUGGUCAAUUGCCACCAAAUUUAGAGACUAUAAAAUUCGGAAAAAAGUUCAACGAGAUGAUAACAGCAAAUGUUUUACCACAAUCUCUUACCACCCUUAUAUUUGGCGACAACUUUAACCAACUCAUACUAAAAGGAUGUAUUCCUCCCAAUGUGUCCACAUUAGUUUUUGGCAUAAACUUUGAUCAACCUCUCUCACCUGGCUAUAUCCCUGAUAGUGUUACUUUUCUCGAAUUCUCAAGUAAUUUUAAUCAGCCAUUUACUCCAAACUGUAUUCCAAAGGGUGUUCAGAAUCUUAAAAUAUUUAAUAAUUUCCCAUUAGUCGCCAACUCGAUCCCUGGCACAGUAAAGACUCUUUAUUAUGGUGGUGAGUCUAGUAUCGGUACUAAAUUUAUUCCAGAUUCUGUUUCCAAUUUAACUUAUUACAGUGGUCAUAGUUUAGUUCCAGAGUAUGUUCACAAGUCCGUUAGAACUCUCUCGAUUCAUGUCGAACAAGGUCCGCCCUCUAAAAAACUUCUUCCCAAUUCAAUUACCUCCCUUAGAUUAUUUAUGGGUGAUUUUAAAAAACCAUUAAAAUCAAAAUACAUACCAAACUCAUGUAUAAGUUUAGAACUAGAUCUAAAUUCAUCCUAUAAGUUUAAAGAGUUAUUACCAAAAUCCAUUCCAUCAUCCGUACAAUUUCUUUCAUUCGGUAAUAGUUUUAAUUUACAACUCCUACCAGGUUGUUUACCACAAAAUUUAAAGAAAAUUAUUUUCCAUGAUACAUUUAAUCAAAUUCUCGUUAAUGGUAUAAUACCACAAAGUAUUCAAUCUAUAGAAUUUGGUAGGGAUUUUAAUCAGCCAUUGCUAAUUGGUUUAGCAGAUUCAAAAUCAUCAAAAAAUCAUAGUACAACAACAAGUAGCACUGUAAGUAGUGGUACCAUUACACCAAGAAGUGGAGGAAAUACAACACCAAGAGGUGGAGGCAAUACAACACCAAGAGGUGGGGGCGGUACAACACCAAGAGGAAUUCCACUAUCAAUUCAACAACAGUUACAACAACAAGAAUUAGAAUACCAACAACAGCAACAAGAACCACAAAUUGUUUACAGUAUAAUUUCAGCAUCAUCAUCAAUUAUUGAAAUUAUAUUUGGUGAUAGAUUUAAUUCACCAAUUAAAUUUGAUAAAUUAUUAAACUAUAACAUAGAAUCAAUUGUUUUUGGUGAGGAUUUUAAUCAAGAUAUUUCUUUGUCAUCCUUACCAUCCUCUUUAAAAUCAAUAAAAUUUGGUAAAUCAUUCAAUCAACCAAUUGCUCCAGGUGUUCUCCCAAAUUCUUUAGUUUCACUCUCAUUUGGUACCGAUUUUAAUCAAAUUUUAGCUCCAUUGUCAAUUCCAGAAGCUGUAGAAGAAUUGGUUUUUGGUGACUCGUUUAAUCAAUCUCUUAUCUCUGGUGCUGACGAAUCUAUAAUACCUUCAUCUCUAAAAUACUUAAAAUUGGGCAAAAGUUUCCAAUCAUCCAAUGUUAUCCCAGAGCUUAGUAAUAUUAAUGCAUUAAAAAAAGUUGAAUUCUCUUUACCUCUUCUCUCUAUAAAUUAUCUUGAAAAAGUUAAAAUAAAUAAAUUAUAGCAAAUAAAUAAAAUUAAAUAAAUAAUACUAAAUCCAUUUUUAUAUUUUUUUUAAUUUUUU